UCCAGCGUCUCCCACCCGGGCUGCGGCGGGAGGUGGGGGCCGGGCCGGGGUCGGGGUGCCGAGCGCUAGCAGGGGGUAGUCGUGGGCCCCGACUUCUCCCGGCCGCCCGCCCGUCGGGCCCUCGAGGUGGUCCCGGGAGGGACCCCUGUCCCCAUCGCCGACCCCGCGCGGCCCCCCCCGCCUCCCGGGCCUCUGGGGCCGCAGUUCCCGCGGCGGCUCGCAUGGCAGACGAGAAGCUGGUGGUGGUGGUGUUCGGGGCCACAGGUGCUCAGGGAGGCUCCGUGGCCCGGACGCUCCUGGAAGAUGGGACGUUUAGAGUUCGAGUGGUGACGCGGAACCCUGGACAGAAGGCAGCAAAGGAGCUGAGGCUGCAGGGUGCAGAAGUGGUACAGGGAGACCAGGAUGAUGAGGCCAGCAUGGAGCUGGCCCUGACUGGGGCGCAUGCCGCCUUCAUUGUGACCAACUACUGGGAGAACUGCAGCCAGGAGCAGGAGGUCAAGCAGGGAAAGCUGCUGGCCAACGUGGCCAAGCGCCUGGGCCUUCACUAUGUGGUCUACAGUGGCCUGGAGAACAUCAAGAAGCUGACGGCCGGGAGACUGGCAGCAGGCCACUUUGAUGGCAAAGGGGAGGUGGAGCAGUAUUUCCGGGACAUUGGAGUUCCCAUGACCAGCGUGCGGCUGUCCUGCUAUUUUGAGAACCUCCUCUCCUACUUCUUGCCCAAGAAAGCCCCCGAUGGAAAGAGCUACUUGCUGAGCUUGCCCAUGGGUGAUGUGCCCAUGGACGGCAUAUCUGUGACCGACCUGGGCCCCGUGGUGCUCAGCCUGCUGAAGAUGCCAGAAGAAUAUGUCGGCCGGAACAUUGGGCUCAGUACCUGCAAGCACACAGCAGAAGAGUAUGCCGCUCUGCUCUCCAAGCACACCGGGAAGGCCGUGUGUGAUGCCAAGACGACCCCGGAGGACUACGAGAAGCAGGGCUUCCCAGGUGCCCGUGACCUGGCCAACAUGUUCCGUUUCUAUGCCCUGAAGCCUGACCGUGACAUCGAACUGACCCUGAGGCUCAACCCCAAGGCCAGGACACUGGACCAGUGGCUGGAGCAGCACAAAGGGGACUUUGCUGGACUCUGACCCUGCCACCUCUCAGCCCCAUCUGGGGAGACGGGGAGGUGCAGCACAGUGAUCCCUUGUUUUACAAAAAAAUUAUUUUUCAAGUAAAGGCGAUUGUUCUCACA